GAGAGACAAGCGGGAGCGGCUAGCAUUGCGAGAGAAGAGGGGACCGCGCCCCCGAGAGCCCGAGUGGAUGCUGGGUGCCCGAGGGGCGCGGGUCCGGUCCCGCUUGUGGCAGCUGCCUGGGCUUCCAGCUGCAGAGCGUCUUCCCUGACGGUGAAACCGCGCGGGACACAACCCAUCGCAGCUCGUCACCUACUUACAAAUCGCUGUCGCUAGGAUUCCCGCCACUCCUCUCAGACCAGCCCCCCACCCCUGACACUUUUCGGAGUCCCCCGCCCCCGUCACUGCCUCCCCGAAGCUGUUGGGGCAGUCGGACUCGGAGCCGCCGAGCCGCGAGGACGCUUGGCUGGAGCUGCCCCUCUGCAGCUGAGCCGGCGCCCCCUGCCCUUCGCGGUGGCGUUGGUCGGGCACCCCCGCCACCCUCGCUCCGUUCCUCCCGGCUCUCUUCCCCCCUCUCCUCUUGCAGGUCCCGGAGCUCCGCCACCGCCGGGUGCGGUGGGGCAGGCGCGAUGCAGCAGCUAUGCCGGGGCCGCGUGCUGGGCAUCACUGUGGCCAUCGCGCACGGAGUCUUCUCGGGCUCCCUCAACAUCCUGCUCAAGUUCCUCAUCAGCCGCUACCAGUUCUCCUUCCUGACCCUGGUGCAGUGCCUGACCAGCUCCACCGCGGCGCUGAGCCUGGAGCUGCUGCGGCGCCUCGGGUUCAUCGCGGUGCCCCCCUUUGGCCUGAGCCUGGCGCGCUCCUUCGCGGGGGUCACGGUGCUCUCCACGCUGCAGUCCAGCCUCACGCUCUGGUCCCUGCGCGGCCUCAGCCUGCCUAUGUACGUGGUCUUCAAGCGCUGCCUGCCCCUGGUCACCAUGCUCAUCGGCGUCCUGGUGCUCAAGAACGGCGUGCCCUCGCCGGGGGUGCUCGCGGCGGUGCUCAUCACCACCUGCGGCGCGGCUCUGGCAGGAGCUGGUGACCUGACCGGCGACCCCAUCGGGUAUGUAACCGGCGUGCUGGCGGUGCUGGUGCACGCCGCCUACUUGGUGCUCAUCCAGAAAGCAAGCGCUGACACCGAGCACGGGCCGCUCACCGCUCAGUACGUCAUCGCCGUCUCGGCCACCCCGCUGCUGGUCAUCUGUUCCUUCGCCAGCACCGACUCUAUCCACGCCUGGACCUUCCCCGGAUGGAAGGACCCGGCCAUGGUGUGCAUCUUCGUGGCCUGUAUCCUGAUCGGCUGCGCCAUGAACUUCACCACGCUGCACUGCACCUACAUCAACUCGGCGGUGACCACCAGCUUCGUGGGGGUGGUGAAGAGCAUCGCCACCAUCACGGUGGGUAUGGUGGCCUUCAGCGAUGUGGAGCCCACCUCUCUAUUCAUUGCCGGCGUCGUGGUGAACACGCUGGGCUCCAUCAUUUACUGCGUGGCCAAAUAUUUGGAAACCAGAAAGCAAAGCAACUACGAGGACCUGGAGACGCAGCCCGGGGGAGAGGAGGCGCAGCCAAGUGGAGACCAGCUGCCUUUUGUCAUGGAGGAGCUGCCCGCCGCCGAGGGCGGAAGUGGCGGGUCAGGAGGUGGGAAGGCAGCGGGUGGCUCCACUCAGCAGGGUGGGCAAGAGGCGAGGGGUAGCCCGAGAGGAGCCCCACUGGCGGCCAGGAGCUCGCAGGUCUCAGACAGCCCUGAAGAAAUGAGCAGGAGGUCAUUAAAAGAUGCUUACCUGGAAGUGUGGCGGUUAGUUAGGGGAACCAAGUAUAUGAAGAAGGAUUAUUUGAUAGAAAACGAGGAGUUACCCAGUCCUUGAAAAGGAAAUGCAUGUAUGUAUAUAUGUACACACACUUAUUUUAUAUGUUAGAGAGGACAUAUUUUAAUGAGGAGCCGCCGAAUUUUAUGCUUUGAGGAGUGGAGGAAGGGAAGCAAAGAAGGAAGCUGAGCCACCUGACAGUAGCAAAAUUAGCACCCGCCGUGAAUUAUUUAGUGUGAGUUUACCUGAGGCAUCACGUAGACAAAUGGAGGUGAAGGUGCAUAACAAAGCAGGGCUGGCUUUCAGCUGCAGACUCCUGGCACAUUCUUGUCAUUAUAACCACAGCCAAGUAUCUGCGUGUACCAAGAGUCCCUCAACCCCCUCCUCCAAAGAUGGAGUGUAGAAAUGUUAACAGGGCUGAAUAAACUCAAAGAUUACACACAGGGGCACCUUUCUGAUGAUAGAGCUACAGUUUUUAUGGCUGGAAAGAGUAUAUUCUUGAAAUGACAUAUUUAAAUACACCGAAUGGAUGUUUACUGUUUAUAGUCAUCUGAAACAUCAUGUUUACUCUGAUUUUCCUCACUUUAAAAAAUAUAAGUGCUCUAUCAUUCUAUUCUAUAUUGGUAGAAAAUGUUCAAGCUAUUUUGAAAACACGAGUUCUUAGCUUUAAUCAUAAAGUUUAAAGUUGGCUUUUAGUAAUUAUAAAAAGUAUUUGAAAGGUUGUUUUGGUUCAUUGCUUUAUAAUAUUUGUUACUGAAUGCCAUCAUCUUUUAAAAAACAGUUUUACUGUGUCCAGCGUUCUUUCAAGGAAAUGCAAUGGCUGACAUAUAGAUCCGUGUUAAUUGAAGCCCAAACAGAAAUGAGACCAUUCUGUCAAGCUAGGCCUUGCAAGUCACCCUGUAUAUCCCAGACUGUGUUACAAAAAGAGCACCUGCUAUAUUCACUUUAUGAUAUUUUUCUAUCUUAAAUUUGUCUAAAUAAAAUGAGUCUAUCUGCUAAAAGGUA